GUCGCGCUCUACGUGUCGUCAUCACCCUGCGACACCGUUUUCUCCAUUGACCAUGUGAGCUUAUUUACAGGGAUGUAAAAACAUUGAGAGCACCAAAGGAAACGUCAAGUGAGACUGAAUACACGUUUUGUUUGCUUACUGUGAGACACUGAAAAGAGAGAUGGUGGAGAAGAUGGAAGCAAAAGGGCAGAAGCAUGCUGGUGAAAAAGGGCAGAAGAAGAUGAAUAAGAAGCCUGUUCGGAGUAAAGGAGGAGUAAACAACAGCCGUGAUGAGGAAGGAGGAAAGAGGAAGCGUCUGGAUGCGAUGACCGUGGGUUAUUUUCGCCGUGUGAGUGAGAGACUGAGCGAAGGAUUCACAGACGAUGAAGAGCGAGAUCUCUUUGUCGAAAACGUUCUCUCUGAGGUGAAGGGACAAGCUGGCCUCGUCGCUACAGAUAUGACGGGCAGUCUGGCUCUCCAGAAGCUUCUGUCAUUGGCCAGCCUCAAACAGGUGACGGAGGUUCUGGUCGAACUGGGUGGAGAAACGGGGUCGGGGUUUAAAAGUGUAUCGUGUGACAGAUGUGGAGGUCAUGUGAUAGAAAGUGCUAUCAAGCAAAUGGCCAAGUGGACAGAGGAUGAUAACUCUGAAGAAAAGAGCAGCUCAGGGAAUGAACCUGAGGAAACAGAGAACCGCGGGACGCUCGAGGAUCAGGCGCUAACUCUGUGCCGAGUGGUGAGAGAGAAUCUCGUAGACUUCAUCAAAGACCCUCACGGAUCUCAUGUGCUUCGAACACUUAUACACGUGCUCGCCGGAUGUUCGGCUGGAGAGCAGUCUGAUGCACAUCCAGCUAAAAAGCAGAAGAAAGCAGAACCUGAGCUGAUAGACUUUGAAGCACCAACUUCAUUCUGGUGGGAGCUCAAGUACCUUUCAGAGUCUCUGAUGGAAAAUGUUAAUGUUUGCGCCACCAAUCCCACUGCCAGCACCGUCCUCCAGACCUUACUGAUCAUCUGCCACAGGAAGAGACCUAUUCUGGCCAAAAAACUGAACAAGGGCAUCAUGGGAUACCUAACAUCUCUGAGCUCAGCUCCUGGAGUCAGCCCUCUCUUGGUGUUUCUGAAGGACCAGUCAUGCAGUCGGCUCAUCCAGGUCUUAUUUCAGUUCUCCCAGAAAGCUUUGCUCCGAGACACCUACAAGAACCACCUGAAGGACCAGCUCAUUCCUCUGGCGCUUCACCCAUUUGCAAACUACACCAUCCAGUCUUUGAUAGCAGCGUCAGUCAAUUACAAACUGUUCCUGAAGGUGUUUGACGAGUUGGUGCCUGGGUUCGAGGCGAUUCUCGCGGCGGGCCACAUGGGGGUCGUAGUGCAGCUAGUGGAGAGCUGCAUACACAGAGAGGAGAGACAGGCUAGCAUGCUGCAGCACCUCCUAGAGGCUUUUCACUGCAAUGAGCCCUCCACACGUCUCCUCACCUGUCUCCCUCUCUUCCUGUCCUUACUGACGUACGAGGUGUACUACAACCCAGAGGCAGCAGAGGGCGGCGCUGUCCCUCAGCGCCCCCUUUCCAUCUGCUACCACGGCUCGCGCCUGGUCCAAGCCCUGGCCCGGUUUAAAGACCGCUCCAUCCUGAUGAACAGUCUGCACAGCCUGAGCACGGCCGAGCUGCUGAGCCUGGGCACAGAGCAGACAGGCAGCCAUGCCCUUCAGGCCCUCAUCACACUCUCCAGUGACAAAGGAAAAGGAAAGAUCCUGAGGAAGCUUGAGGGUCUCUAUACUCCGCUGGCCUGCUCCAAAUACGGCAGUCGGCUUUUGGAGGCCGUGUGGAGCAGCGCUACCAUCAGUCAGAGGCAGAGCAUCGCAGAGCAGCUUGUCUCCAGCGAGUCUCAGCUGCGCUCGGAUCAGUUCGCACGGCACGUCUGGGCAAAGUUCAGCCUCGCACACUUCCAGAAGAGACGCGGUGCCUGGAUGGAGAUUCAGACAGGAGAAUCGAAGAAGAGAAAGAUGUUCAGUGACAUUCUGGAGUAACUGUUUUUGAUCUGGUGCUCUUUUUUUCAGGGCUUAACCAAGUGUUAAAUCACUUCCUGUGGACUGAAAUCCUACACCUCUAACACAGCUCCUACAGAGUUACAGUUAAUCCUCUGGUAUUUGAUUUGGUCAGAGGUUUGAGUAACGCUUGAGCUUUUUCUGUGUAGGUGACGUGUGCAGAGAAAAUCGUGCAUCUCUCAACUAAACUGUUUUAAUGCGUAUCAGAUUUUCAUGGCAAUACAGUGUUUGGUAGCAAAGUGUCAAGACAAGGGUAAUGGCAAAUUUGAGAGUAAUAAAAAAAUAUAAAUAAAAGAAAAAGAUUUGAUCUUUUACUCUGGAGCUGGAGAAAUGAACUUGAUUAGAAGUGUAUUGAUGCCUAAUUAAUUAAUGAAGAUAUUUCUGUUCUAAUAUUACGUUAUAAUUCCAUGAGGCAUUCCAAAAACCUGUGGUAUUUUGUUCCUCUGACAUGUCAGAAGCGUUUAUGGUGCUGAUGGUGGACUUGGCAUGAGUGAUUAAUAGCUCAGAACCAGAAAACCAGCGAAGACAAGAAGUAGUAGAGUGCAGCUGUGAUUUAUCCUGCACUCUGUAUUCCUCUCUCUCUCUCUCUCUCUCUCUCUUGCUUUUUAUCUGUCUGAGUGGGAGAGAAGGGAGAAGACUGCGAGCCUGAUCACAGGGGCGAUGUGACAUUCAGCUGUGAGAAUCCCCUGACCAAGUCAACACCAUCCUGAUAGAACGCUUCACACGAGAGCCUGGGAACGUCAAACAAUUCUCGCUAACGGCCAUUAACGUCAGCCGCCGCACAAAUGAGUUAAAUUAAAAGGCCGCUGUGGUUUUGUCUAGAGCUCCUUUACAUCACUCAUCUACAGAGGUUCAGUGGGAUCCAUUAAAGAACAAUGUGGGGUUUAUGUGCUGGUGUGAAAUGCUACAGCACCGAAUAAAGGCCUGAUUUUAUCCGUA